GAUUCUGACCCAGACACUCACUCCUACCCACUGGCAGGAUGUUGCUGGCCGAGAUAGCACACACCAUCUUCCCAAAUCUUCCCACUGCUCCCACUCUCAGAGGUCAUGUGGUUUGGCUUGGCCCAGCCCAAGCUCUCAAUUCAGCUCCAGCCCAGACCUGGGUUCACUCCUGACCUGGACACCACCCCAGAUGACCUGUUCAGAAGCCAAGGAAAGAGCUUGAGUGUUGACUCUGUGAGAGCCCAAGGCAACAAGACUCCUGGUCCCAUAUCAGAGCAGUCCUGGAGUUCUAGGGAGCUUGUGGCUUAACCAAUCUUGAAAGAGGGAGCUGUGUCCCCACACCCCGGGCCAACUGUCUCUCAGUAUACCAGAACUUCCUCCCUAGUAGGUGCUCAUCACUUCUCAUUAGGAGGUCCCGGGGAGCAUGGAGGGUUGGGGGCAGCCCCUGGGUCACCCGGGCCUGAGUGGAGCCCUAGUUUUACCUCCUACCAGCCUGAAGACCUUGGGCCAGUCAUUUAACUGAGCCUGGGCUUGUUCCAAGAAUUAAAUAAGAAAAUGAAUGCUAAACCCCUGGGAACUCACAGGAGUUCACAAAUAGGAGUUUAUUUAAUCAUCGCAUAGCCCAGAGGCUGCCCUUUCGCCAGAAGGAGCUUUUCAACUGCAAUUACCACAGACCCUGUUCUGAAAGUUUCCCCCACCCUCCAAGAGUACCCUCCCUGCUUCAGACCAGUCGAGGGGCACUGCCAGCCACUGCAGCAGUGGCCAGGUCUCUCAGCUCAGGCCCAGCGGUCUGGCCCAUGACCUUGGAAGAACCUGGGAGAAAGCUUCACCAAGCGACAGUACUUUUCCACUGCACUGCUCGGCCACCUCGGCUGGCUUUGUGCUGUGCAGACGAGGCAAAGUGCGCCAGGCCAGCCCCUUCAGGAACACCCCCUAACUCCCACUCUCAGGGAUGGGGGUAAUGACAUGCUGUGGGUGAGGGGCAGCAGGAAUCGUAGGGCGCGGGGGUUCCCGAAUGCGCCAAGGGGAGCUUGGAGACCAGUAGCGAGGCCAAAUAAAUUAGCAUGGACAAAGCCCUCCUGUAUAUUUCAGGGGAUUCCUAGUACUUAACAGCCCUCUCUACCCCCACCCCUCCACUAAUAAUGAUUAAACCCGUUCCACCGCGCCUGUGCAGGGUCCCGGGCAGCGCGAGCCUGCGUGGGGGGAGGGGAGAAGAGGGCAAGGGGAGGGGACAAGAGAGCUAGCGGUCCCGCCCGGUGAUGUAGGCAGCCCGGGGAGGUGGAGCCGCGACGCCUGAAGGAGUCCCCACCGCAGCCGCGCUCUCGGUCUGCCCCACUGAGCAGCCGCCAGCGGCUCCGGCGACCCAAAUUGCGGCGGCAGGGGCCGCGGAAAUCCCACCGUUUGGGCUUGGUGGGCGUCCAGCCCACCUCACUCCCAGCCCCGGCCCCUCCUCGCUUCCCAGACGGCUGGAGACACUCCCGGGAAAAGCGAUCCUCAGCCACUCGGCCGCCGUCCGGCACCUCGGCUGCUGGCCCGGCUGGGCACCGGGCAUCUGCGAAGCUAGCCCUGCCUGGCACUGGGCAUCUCCAGGCAACGACUGUCCCCGGCGCUGCCCAGCUUCUCGCGACUCCAGGGCGGUGGACUUCUGCGCGCCUUCCCUCCCCCGGUCUCCCGACAGGACGCCGGUGAGCUCCCUGCGCCCCCAGCCCCUUUCGCCGCCGCCGCGAUGCUGCCCUGGAGACGUAACAAAUUCGUGCUGGUGGAGGACGAGGCCAAGUGCAAGGCGAAGAGCCUGAGUCCGGGGCUCGCCUACACGUCGCUGCUCUCCAGCUUCCUGCGCUCCUGCCCGGACCUGCUGCCCGACUGGCCGCUGGAGCGCUUGGGCCGUGUGUUCCGCAGCCGGCGCCAGAAAGUGGAGCUCAACAAGGAGGACCCGACCUACACCGUGUGGUACCUGGGCAACGCCGUCACCCUGCACGCCAAGGGCGACGGCUGCACCGACGACGCCGUGGGCAAGAUCUGGGCUCGCUGCGGGCCUGGCGGGGGCACUAAGAUGAAGCUGACACUGGGGCCGCACGGCAUCCGCAUGCAGCCGUGCGAGCGCAGCGCCGCCGGGGGUUCGGGGGGCCGCAGGCCGGCGCACGCCUACCUGCUGCCGCGCAUCACCUACUGCACGGCGGACGGGCGCCACCCGCGCGUCUUCGCCUGGGUCUACCGCCACCAGGCGCGCCACAAGGCCGUGGUGCUGCGCUGCCACGCUGUGCUGCUGGCGCGGGCGCACAAGGCGCGCGCCCUGGCCCGCCUGCUCCGCCAGACCGCGCUGGCGGCCUUCAGCGACUUCAAGCGCCUGCAGCGCCAGAGCGACGCGCGCCACGUGCGCCAGCAGCAUCUCCGCGCUGGGGGCGCCGCCGCCUCGGUGCCCCGCGCCCCGCUGCGCCGCCUGCUCAAUGCCAAGUGCGCCUACCGGCCGCCGCCGAGCGAGCGCAGCCGCGGGGCGCCGCGCCUCAGCAGCAUCCAGGAGGAGGACGAGGAGGAGGAGGAGGACGACGCGGAGGAGCAAGAGGGAGGAGUCCCCCAGCGCGAGCGGCCGGAGGUGCUCAGCCUGGCCCGGGAGCUGAGGACGUGCAGCCUGCGGGGCGCCCCGGCGCCCCCGCCGCCCGCGCAGCCCCGCCGCUGGAAGGCCGGCCCCAGGGAGCGGGCGGGCCAGGCGCGCUGAGAGCCGAAGGACAGGACUCGCAGCCCCAGGCCCGACCCGCCAGACUCACAGCCUCCAACCCCGGCCCUGCCCGCUUCGGCUGCCCCGGCCCCCGGCCCGUGUCUCCCCCGUGGUCUCCGUGUUGUCCGCCCCGCCGCCUCAUUUUGUCUCAGGGUGAUGCCUGAUACGCCCUUGGUUAUUGGGGGGUGUUCCUCUCUCCCCACACCCGGAGUUUCCCGGGCCUGCCAUUGUGGACCCGCCCCCUAUGCUUUACACCUAGUCUCUUUGCCCACAGACCUCCUCAUUCCCUCCCAAAACAUCCUCUCAAGAGAAGGGAGGAGAAGUUUCAAGAAAUCAGGAGGGGUGGGUUUGGACCCUGGGCAGGGUGGAGGCAGUGACCUUGCCCUUGGUCCCUCUAGCCUUCUUCCCUGUGCAAAAAAAAAUGACCCUGGAGAGGCAUUCUUGUAGGGGAAGAAUCUAGCGGCCUGGGAGAAUUGGGGCCGGGCCGGCGGUGGGCAGAGUCGGCUGCCAUACACACAGGGAAGAAUUCGCAGGCCCAAGCCCCGCCUCUCUACGCCUUGGAGGACUCCUGUGACUUCACUGCUCUGCCUCUGGAGAACACUGGGAGAGUCCUACCGAGGUUCAAACAACAGGUUAGGCCAGGUAACAGCCCUGCACCAGGCCGCUGCCCACGCCUCUGCCCUGGCACCCCCAGGGUAUUCCUUGCCCAUCCCAUCUCUCUGCAGACGGAUGUAUGUGGCCCCCUCCUAGGUGCCCCACAACCAGGACCAAGAUGGGGCUUCCAAAGGAGGUAAGGAGAACCUUUGGCAGGUGCUUAGGACACUGACUACCUAGAAAGUAGACGCAGCAGAGAUGCUCCCAAGUCGAGGCUCCUCAGAGCAGGUGGGUCCUGACAGCAGUGGAUUCUCCCAGCAGGAUGAGGAAGGAGGGUGUGUUAACCAACCAAGGGAGUGGGCCCCCCACCCAGGUGUCUCCGCAAGACCACAGAAAGCCCAAAGAUCUAUGUGUCACUGAUCAUUGUAAAUAAAGUGGACCUGCUUUUACAGCCCUGUCA